CACGUUCCGCUUCUGGCUGCUGUCAGACGCUAGAUUCCUGCAGGUUCCUCCCUCCAAGACAGUGUUGCAUCCUUCGCAUCCUGGUCGCGAGCCAGGAUCGGGGUGUCUGAGUCGGGGUCUGCGUCUGAUAACCCUGAUGCGGAAUGACUCUUCCACCUAGAUACUACGUACCCUUCUUGCACCUGCAGCUUGCAGCUGCAGCCUCCGAGGUCGGACCCAUCGAUCAAGCGAUGUCGAUCCUGAAGAUUCCUUCCUAUCAGGGUCGGGUAGCGUGUCUGUGUGUCUGUCGACUCGUCACGGAGCGAGCUCCGAGGAGGAGCAGGAGGAGCAAGAUAAAAGGCGCCGAUCUUUCCUCGUUCCUGGUGUUUUUUUUUCCCUAGCACAGACGAACUCUUUCUCCUGUUACUACUUUAUAUAUCUACUACCUGGUCUCCCUCCAUCUCCCUCUCCCUCUCCCUCUCUGUCUC